AUACUUAAUAGGUAUAUGUGCAAGCAAGGGUCAUGUUUAUAUAUAUGCUCCAGGCCUAUGUCGUGAUAUCUAUGAUCUACAUUUCCCGCGACAUGGUAUAAUCCAUUAUAUCUAACUAAAUACCAUGAUGCCGUUAUUAAGGAGUACUGCUGAAGCUUAGUUGAGGAUUUUAAGGACUCAAUCAUGGCAACUAACCCGCCGGAUUACCUUGGCAUCCCAAGUGGGGAUGGCACCGGUCCAGCCAGCAAAUCGCUAAAGAAUGUACUGUUACGACCACUUGACAACGCGGAAAUUGGCUCUAUAUUGAUAAAACACCAGGAGAUAGCAUCACUAACUAAGGGAUCAACCCCUGGUCGUAUGGUUGGCGAAGUACUGGGUAUGUGUCCAUUAAAGGAAAUUCGACAGAAGGUUGAAAUGAACACAGCCAGUGAUCUUGAAAGGGUCAAUGCGAGCACUGUUAACCCAAAGUUAGCGCUGAAAAGCUUCCAGAGAUCGGAUGCUAGUAGAGUUUUCAAACCUGAGGAAACCAGACCGGCAGUAUGGUGUCGACGUACGAUAUAUAAUAUACUCUGUUACUUUGUGGAUGCUGAUAUAGUCACAAAGCCAUAUUUAAUGGAUAAAAAGUUCAGUUACCUGGAUGUAUACAACUUUUUACGCGAUAGGUUGCGCAGUAUAUGGCAGGAUUUGACCGUGCAACACUGCACCAAGCAUAGGGCGUAUAUCGAAUGUUUCGAAAUUAGCAUUCGGUUUUUAAUAUAUUCAAAUGAGAUAUUGUGCGAAAACGAGGAAUAUGAUAUAGCACAAAACAGGGGGUUACUAAAUACAUGCUUGGAUAAGCUUAUGGAAGGCUAUGAGUCGGUGCACAAGUAUCUACAACACAAAAGCAAUAAUAAGCGUAUACAACAACCGGAUUUAAUACUGAAUAACCCAGAAAUAGUUGAUACCCUGGUAUACAGGUCACCUCAUGAAGCUGAGUUUUGGGGAUACCGGCUUUUAAUGCAUAUACCACAAUUACUGUUACCGGGUGGGUCUGCUACAUUCUGUGAUAUUGUACAACGCAUGCCAAAUGAUUUGCGUGGGAAUGCAUCCGUCAAAUUUGCCAUUGAAGUGUGCCAUACAGCAGCUUCAGGCAAUGUUUACCGGUAUUUCACCCUGAUGCGUGAUGCUGAUUGUACUGCACUAUUCGCUUCGGUGAUGAAUAGAGCCUCUAUAUGUCUAAGGGUACAGUUCAUGGAAGUACUAGUCAACCGUUCUAUAUGUAAGAAAGAAGUUAACCCACUGGAUAUGGCCACUUUCAAUAGCCUGUUUGGAUUCGUAGACGAAAGUUUGGAAUCAGCUGAAAAGAUGCUUAGCAGGUAUGGUAUUACCACAUACGAACAUGAGGGGAAGGCAUAUCUUGAUUUUGCCAAUGCUGAUGCCACACUCUUGGAGACUGAGAGAAAUAUGCCUCAGAAGUUAUGCAUCAAGUUUCAAACAUCCAGUUCAGUGGCAAAAGGAAAAUUUGAAUCUAUACCUUCAAGACAAUUGAUAUUUGAUCCUGAUUUUGAAUACCCAGCUGGUACAGGUCCGGAUACUGUAGGCACACCAUUUGUUCAUGAGGCCAUCCCCAAAGAGAGUGAACCGGUUAAUACCAAAUCUAUAUUUGGGAUACCCACGGCAACAUCUAUAUUUGGUGCCUCUAGUACUACGGGGCCGAUAUUCAACUUUGGAACUACAUCCGAUACGAAGCCGGUAUUCCAAUUCGGUGUAACUGAUACCAAUAGUAAAGCUCCAUCAAGUACUCCUUCAUUAUUUGGAUCUAGCAAUCAAUCGAUGUUUGGUUCGAAUAGCAACCCAUUUGGAUCCAGUAAUUCAACCAUAUUUGGUACAAAUAACCAAUCUACAUUUGGUUCGAAUAGCAAUCCAUUUGGAUCCAGUAAUUCAACUAUAUUCGGGACAAAUAGUCAAUCUACAUUUGGUUCGAGUGGUAAUUCUAUGUUUGGUUCAGGAAAAACAGGUGCAUUUGGGACCUCAAGUCAGCCUGGGUUUGGUACGAGUAAUGCUAAUGUCUUCGGUACUACCAGUCAAACCAUGUUUGCUACUAAUAACCGGCCAACGGAAUCAUCAAAUAGUAAUUCUGUAUUCGGGUCCACAAAUAGCAACCUGUUUGGUACUAAUACCCAACCAACGGAUCCAACAAGUACUAAUUCUGUAUUCGGUACUACCAGUCAAACCAUGUUUGCUACUAAUACACAACAGUCGGAAUCAUCAAGUAGUAACUUUAUAUUUGGAUCUGUCAACACCAAUGUCUUUGGUACAAGUAAUCAAUCGAUCUUUGGUACUAAUAGUAUAUCUCCCUUUGGGACUUCAACAAAGCCAUUUGGUACAACUGAGUCCACUGUUUUUGGAUCGGGGAAAUCUAAUAUAUUCGCUCCAGAAAGUAAAUCUGCUUUGGGGUCAUCUGACCAAAGCAUAUUUGUGAAUGGUAAUGUAAAUACCCCUACCUCAAAGGAUCAGAGUACUCCAGACAAUGUGCAAACGACAGUUGACUCCAGCAAGACCAUAUUUGGUACUACAUCGCAAUCUAUAUUUGGAUCCACUAGUAGUGUAAACAUAUUCGGCGCUGCUAAAUCGGAAGCUACAAAGGACUUUACAUUUGGCACUCCCAAGAAUGAUAUUAAACCGUUUAUAUUCGGAGAUACUAAAUCGACAUUUGCUACCGACAAGCAGGACGCCACGCCUAAUGAUGUAUCCGUUGGGGAUCCCCUGAGUAGCAGUAAGAGUACAUUCACAUUUGGUGCCCCAAAAUCCACGGAGGAUAAUAGUUUGUUUAAAUUCAGUGUACCCACUAUACAACCCUCUUCCGAGAAAACUGAUACCGCAGAAGUUGGAGUAUCCACAACCAACAAGUGCAAUGCACCAAGCAAUGAGGAUACAAAAGGUUUUCCUAAACUGUUUGAAUUGCCAACUAGUAACAAAGAUCAUGAAUCGGUUAUUUUUGGAUCUGAGUCUUCCAAGACGGAUCAACCGGUGACUACGACAACCCUGAUACCAAAUGAAGAUACAUAUGCCCCUGAAAAACAAACCGACACUCCACCAACGUUAACGGAUUCGAUAAUAUCGCAAUAUGAACGAAGAGCUUCACUGAAGAAAAUUAAAGUGAUUAAGCCUAAAUUGUUUAAGCAUGGUGAUGGGCAAAGAAGUGAAAAUAAAAAUGCUACUAGAUGGACUUCGAUUAUGGCACGUUUACAGGCAGCUGUAUGCGCUAUUAGGGAUUCUAGGUUGUACGAAAUACCCAAAGAGGUAUUACAACGCAGUACUGUGAUAAUUAACGGUAAUUUAGUGUCCCAAGCAAACAGGCCUUAUGUACGUAACACUGAGGUAUACACAUCGGAUCCCAGCCCGGCCUCUAUCUUGGAAUCUGAAUUCAAUGGGUUCAUGCACCCUGUGUUCCAGUAUCAUACCGACAGUAUAAUAUCCAAGGAAUAUGAUAUCGCCAGUAUAGGGUCUUCUCUUUCCGGGGUACAUUACCUUAACCCAAGAGGUAGUAAGCGUUAUCUCCAGAAGCUGUAUCUACAGCAGCUAUUGCAAUAUAACACUCUAAGGAUAAUCAAACCGUGCUAUAGUUGCAGUUCAUGCGCAGGUGUGAAUGGCAUCGAUAGCUAUGCAGUGUUGGCUGCAGUAGCGAAGUGUUGUCUUGGUGUAUCACAAAAGCUGAGUAGCGCAAUUGGUACUUUAGUGCACAAAACAACUACUGCUGCAAUUGAUUUGUGUAGUAAAUUGACCAAGAGAUUACGACAUGAAAAGGUAUUGCCACCAAGGAAAAGAGUAGCACGAAGGCGUAACGCGGUUAUUAAUACAAAACCAACUGAUCUUCCCCCAAUAUCUGCAGAGGCAUUUAAUACCUUUGUUACGUCCACCAAGGAGCAUCUACUCUCUACAAGUAGGUAUAUCGCCAACGUUUACACGGGUUCCGCAAGGAUGCUCACACGUAUUGUUGAGCAUAUUAACGAGGCCAAUAGUACUGGCACAUACCCCUUGGAGCUUCUGCUUACCAUCGCAAAAGAUAAUGUUGAUGCUAUAUAUUCCAAUACGAUAUCGCAAUGUAGUAAUAUGAUAACUAAACAUGACGUGGCAGUUUGGGGUGCUGGUAUCAUGUGGCAUGUUUCGUUUUUCAAUCCGAUAUGUCUCAGAACUACAAGCACUGGUUCUGACCUGUUGCCAACGGAAGGUGAUAUUGAACAGUAUCAGCUGUCAGAUUACGUAAUAAGGCUAAAGGAAGAUAUACUGUCAAUAGCUUGCUUUAAUAUCGGCGUCCACAGGUUGAUGCCAUCAACUAAGGGCUAUGAAAAAUCAAUGACCAAAUGUUGCAGCGUUGAGGAUAAAGAAAUGCCUAUUGGGGUUAUGGCGUCAGUAAGCACGAGUAAUGACGACUAUGGAAUGGAUUUUUCCUACCGUGCAAGUGAUAUGCCAGAUGUUAUAGCACCAGCUGAUCAACGAUAUAACAAUAGAGCUACUAUACAGAUUGUUGCAAAGUCAAGUGCUGUAUAUAUAGGUAAGCAGGGAUACUUCCAUGAGUUGUUUUCUUCUGAGCGGUUCCCUGACCUGUGCUCGAUCGAUACAAACAGUAGUAACCUGGACUACUAUGGAGUACUGCAAGCAUUUGUGGGUGUUAAUAUCGCACAGAAUGUGUAUCAGCACUACACAGUAGUAGUCUGCUACAGGCUGGCUGUAUCAAUGAUUGACAUACUGUGUCUAUACGAGCUGUUCAAUAUUAGCGUUGCCACUACUGUCAGCAUGUGCGGAUGCGCUGGAAAGAAUCAUGACAUGUGCCACAGCAGGUUGAAGCAAACUUUAGCAACAGUGUCAGAGAAGUUACUCUCGGAAUUUAUAGAAUACAGCACUAAGCUUGGGGUAAGAUUAGAUCCCAGUGAAUUAAGAUCCAGGAUUAUAUUUUCCUGUGUUGGAUUCGAGAUGUAUACCGAGGAUUUAGGUAGGCAGUCGAAGACUGCAAAAGGAAGUAAUACUAUAGCAAGGAUAUUAUACCCACAGGGUUUUAGUGAAGCUAUUAGGGAUGCUGCGAAUGCAACUAUUUGCCCAAGUGGUAUUCAUAUACUAGAGAAGGAGUUUUAUAUACCCGAUUUGUACGAUUUUCUCUCCGCUAUAAGCAGGAUGAAUAAAACUGCAGAAUCUUCAGAUAAAGUCAGUCUUAUCCAAGGGUUGGAUGAAUUCAUAACGCGCAUUGACAAUAGCUUCAGCUCUACCCAUUGGGAUUUAUACAGUGAAGCUACAUUUACCCAUGAUGUUGAUGUAAGCGAUGAAAUUGCUAUAGAUAUAUCACAACUCUCAAGGUAUUCCAAGGAGAGUUUUAUGGCGCUCAUGAAAGCGUUCAGAUUAGCUGCAGAAAUUGCGGCGCAAGAUUACCCAGGUAGCAGCCAACACGAAUUGAUCAGUCGAGUUUUAUCACUUGUACGAGUACGUAACUACCACGUACCCUACUACAUUGGAUUAUACAUGUCCAAUGUCAUAGAUGGUAGUGAAAUAUAAAGCGUUGUCACUAGUUUACCACUUUUUAAUUGUACAUUAUAUAAAUACUUAAAGCAAUUGUGUAUGUUAUUGUAGCAGUU